UUAAGUAUAAAUAUAAUAGAUUAUUGAAAAAAUUUAAUUCGUUAAUUUAUAUAAAUGACUUCUAUUUAUACUCUUUAAAAAAUUCGCAUAUGAAUUGGUUAAUAAGAUUAUUUAAAAUGAACAGUUGUAUCCCAAAUAAUAAUAACAAUCAAAGUUCCGGUAUUGAUGACAAUCAUUAUCAAAUUGAGAAAGAUCAAUGGGAAAGAGAAUUAAACUUGACACAAUAUGAACAAUCAUUUUUAAAUAGUGCUAAUGAAGCAAAUCAACUGUACCAAAAUUAUCAGCUAGAUAAUAGUUUUAAUAACCAAAGUAACAAUUAUGAAAUAACAGAAAAUCUAGUCAGUAGACUGAAUAUUUUAGCCAAUGGCGAUAAUAAAAGUAGACAUGAUCACAAUGUAACAGAAAGAGAAAUAGAAACAGAAAAAAAGAUUGAUUCUACAACCCAAAUUUUAAUUAAUAAAUCAUUAUCAACAACAUUUAAAUCACCAAUCAAUUCUAUCAAUGAAUCAAAUAAUUUUGAGGACUCAUUUAUGAAUUCUGUAUUAUAUUCUAAUGAUGAAAACUCAAUAAUAGAAAAUAAGCUACCAUUCAACAAUUCAUAUUCAAAUGCAAUAAACAAAGUUGGAAUCAAUAAUAACAUCAAUACAAACUUACUAUUUAAACCUGGAAUUUUGGAGUUAUUCUUUAAUGAAAGCUCAAAACUAAAUUCAAACUUGGAAAAUAUUUUGGUUAUUGAUUGUAAUUUCUCCAAAAUACAGCCACCAAGAAAGAAGUUUAAAGUAUUGGCCUUGAUAGUUUUAUCUAUUGUUAGGAUGAAACGAAUUUCUGAAAAAAACAAAGUCAAAAAGGAUAUACUUUUUCAAAUAUUAAAUAGCAAAGAGAUUGAAUUGUCCUUCGAGAAAUAGUUUAUUUUUAUUUCCAGUCAGAUCAUGUUGUGAUUGG